AUGUCAGCAGAUCUUGUGGGAGAGGGAGAGGUGGGAGAGGGAGAGGAGGGAGAGGUGGGAGAGGUGGGAGAGGUGGGAGAGGGAGAGGUGGGAGAGGUGGGAGAGGGAGAGGAGGGAGAGGUGGGAGAGGUGGGAGAGGGAGAGGAGGGAGAGGUGGGAGAGGUGGGAGAGGGAGAGGUGGGAGAGGGAGAGGUGGGAGAGGGAGAGGAGGGAGAGGGAGAGGAGGGAGAGGUGGGAGAGGUGGGAGAGGGAGAGGAGGGAGAGGUGGGAGAGGGAGAGGAGGGAGAGGUGGGAGAGGUGGGAGAGGGAGAGGAGGGAGAGGGAGAGGAGGGAGAGGUGGGAGAGGGAGAGGAGGGAGAGGUGGGAGAGGGAGAGGUGGGAGAGGGAGAGGUGGGAGAGGGAGAGGAGGGAGAGGAGGGAGAGGUGGGAGAGGGAGAGGAGGGAGAGGGAGAGGAGGGAGAGGGAGAGGGAGAGGGAGAGGAGGGAGAGGAGGGAGAGGUGGGAGAGGAGGGAGAGGAGGGAGAGGUGGGAGAGGGAGAGGGAGAGGAGGGAGAGGAGGGAGAGGUGGGAGAGGGAGAAGAGGGAGAGGUGGGAGAGGGAGAGGGAGAGGUGGGAGAGGAGGGAGAGGUGGGAGAGGGAGAGGAGGGAGAGGUGGGAGAGGGAGAGGAGGGAGAGGAGGGAGAGGUGGGAGAGGGAGAGGGAGAGGAGGGAGAGGAGGGGGAGGGAGAGGAGGGGGAGGGGGGAGAGGGAGAGGUGGGAGAGGGAGAGGUGGGAGAGGAGGGAGAGGUGGGAGAGGGAGAGGAGGGAGAGGUGGGAGAGGGAGAGGAGGGAGAGGUGGGAGAGGGAGAGGGAGAGGGAGAGGGAGAGGAGAGGGAGAGGGAGAGGGAGAGGAGAGAGGUGGGAGAGGGAGAGGGAGAGGGAGAGGAGGGAGAGGUGGGAGAGGGAGAGGAGGGAGAGAUGAGAAGUCGGAGAAGGAAAUCUGUGGUGAGUUUGAGACCUCAAGAAGCACAGGGACACUUCAAACCACUGGCCUCAUGA